AUGUCACUGCUUAUGUUAAAAGAUAAAAUUCGUGCAUCUACCGUCUGCAAGAAAUGGCGUGAAGCCGCUAAAUCUGUUAGGGUUUUUCAUAAGCAUCAAUGGUUUGUCUCCAUUCCUACAUUUGGAAACUCUAUUAAUCUUUUCGAUCCAUUGGAGAGGAAGAAGUACACACUGAAUCUGCCCGAGAAAGGUGUAACUGAUGUUGCUUACUCAAAAGACGGAUGGUUGCUUAUGCGCAGAUCAUCCUUUGUGGAAUUCUUCUUCUUCAACCCCUACUCUCGGGAGCUCAUAAGCUUGCCAGACAAUGAAUUGCCAUAUCAGGCAAUUGCUUUCUCUUCUGCCCCUACAUCAGAAACUUGUACUUUGGUCACAUUAAACCGUAUUUCAGAAUGUAUUGUGGCCAUCAGCACUUGCUAUCCUGGAGCAACUGAGUGGAUAACCAAAAAGUUUCAUUUCUAUCUUGCUUUUGGCCCCAAUGUCCAUAGCAACCUUGUAUGUGUUAAUGAUCGCUUCUACUGCUUCACCUCAGGAGGUGUUUUAUUUGAAUUUGAUCCAGCUUCUCGCACAUUGAGUCAUCAAGCAUGGGAUGAUGUUAGAUUCCCAGAAAUUCAUAACAAUGAAUGGUCGUAUCUGCCAAAGGAACUGUACUUGAUGGAGCAGAAAGGAGAGCUAAUUCUCAUGUAUACAUAUGGCGCUGAGAAACCAGUGAUGUAUAAGUUGGUCUCUUCAAAAUGGGAAGAGAUGAGUAGUACACUAGACGGCUUGACAAUCUUUGCAAGUAUGUAUUCCUCGGAGACCAGAAUGGAUGUUUUAGGGAUGAAGAACAGCGUGUACUUCCCAAAGUAUGGCUUACGUAACAACAUGCAAUGUGUAUCCUACUCAUAUAAUGAUGCCAGGUACUAUCCGGGUCAGCCGGAACGACGAUUACUAUGCCCUGUUGAUAGUCUUUGGAUCGACCCACCACCAUUUCUAAUGUAA